AUGUCAUUAAUAGCUCUAGACCAUCAAAAAGAGGAAAUCAACCGUAAAAUAACCAUCGGAUCGGUAACAACAUUAGGAAUAAUAUCACUCAUAAUAGGGGGGAUAGCUAUACAGAAAACUAUCCGCCAAUUCCUAUCCAAGCCUCGCAAGCCCAGCAGAGUCGAUGAAAAACCAGUCAUAAUUCAACUACAAACUGUUGAAGAAAAGACGUCGACCUCUCAAGAAGUCAAGGAACCACAUCCAACAACAGUAACAAUCGAAGAAGCUCCUGAGACCGUCGAGAAAUCAACAAAGCCGAAAACCUUCCGGCUGAAAGACUACAAAUCACCGAUUUAG